UAGCAGCUGUGCUGGAGGACUGCUGAUGAGGAACAAAAUGGGAGCUACUGAGCAGUCAUUUGAAGGCUGGCUAUUAAAAAGAAAAAAGCUAGCUAAUUAGAGCUUAAAGGAAGAGGCAACACUUUAUACAAAAACACCAGAAGGUGGAGUCUGGAUAAGAGCUGUCAGGAGGCCUUUCUAGCCAGUUUGAGGCUGAGAGAUAGCAAUCUUGAACUACAGUUUUAGAGGAGUGGCACCAAAAGGCCUGUUGUUUACACUGAGUGCUUUACAGGACAAGUAGCACCCCCUGCUUCCUCAGCUGCUUGAAAAUCAAGCCAUAGAUACUGACCUUUAAUCAAAAUAAGGGAGGAAAAAUGCCAGCUUCUCUGAGAAAACUGCAGCAAAUGGCUGUUUUCAUGGGACUGUUCAGCGGCGGGGGAUGCCUUGUGAUGUACAAUCUUAUGCAAAAAAGUUUUGCCAGGACCCAGUAUUACCAGCAAGCUUUGGAGCAACUGAAGAGCAAUCCUGAUGCCCUGGCAGCCCUGGGUGCCCCCCCUCUUAAAGUUCACAACAUCCACCUGGCAGAUGGGAGCAAUCACGUGGACACAGAAAGAGCGCAGAUAAAAUUACCAGUCUCUGGAACAAAAUCAGCGGGCUACCUCUACAUUAACGCGGAGAUGGACCACUCCCAUCAGUGCUGGUGCCUUCAGGAUGUCACCUUGAAACUGCGGGAUGGUCAGAAUAUUCCCGUUUACCACUCUCCAAUGGAAAGCAUUGGUGUGCAAGAAGGCUAAAAAUCAGGGACAGCUGCAUCUCCGCCUCCCAUUGAGCCAAAGGAGCCAUUAAUCGAUUGCAUCCUGCUGUGUCUGUGAAUGUACACAGUUGUCACAAGUGACAGUUUCACUUAAGCGGUGCUCUCAAGACAAUUUUCUCUCCAAGAUUUACCUCAUUAUUGUUGUAAUUGUAAUUUCUUUCUUUUGCUGGUUUAUUCACGUGUUUAACAGAAGCCUAAAAUAAAUAUCUUGCAUAAGAGUUGCUGUUGCAGAGAAGUCAUGUGUUAUGCCCUGUGUGUGCUGGUAUUAUGAAUUUGAAAUAAAUAAACAAACUGCCAGGAAACUGAGCUUUGUUUUACAGUGGCAGACCAAAGUCAGGACAAGUCAGCUUCUCAAAACUUUGAGAAGACUUGCUGCCUCAGUUUCCCCCCAUUUCUCAACAAGGUCUUGCCUAAAUCAGGAAG